GUAACUAGCGGAUAUUACAACUUCUUAGUAUCUCAGAUGGAGGGGAAGAAACAAAACUCAAAUGUAGAAGUAAUCAAAAUGAACGAUUUGAACAUCGUUCUUAACGUAGACGGGGGUGGGAGUAAAAAGAAACGCAAGCGUAGCGAGGGUUCCAUGGAGAAGACUUUGAGCGAAGUCGAGUUGUUGUUGAGCGAGAACGCUCAAGGCGGGUGUGAGAUUAAGUAUGAAAUAAUAGAUGAUGAUGAUGAUGAUGUUACGAAGGAUAAAGCGGAGGCUUCGAGUAGGCCGGUCUUGAAGACCGAUCGAACAGUGGAUUGGGAGGAUAAGAUACCCAUGGAUGUUAUAUCUUUUAUGGACGCGACAGAUCCGAACCCCCAGGAGCGGAUAAUGCAGCCUCCCCCCCUAGGGGUCAUAUCGGACGUCCGAUCCGUGCCCGACGAUUUCACCGAACAAACUGACCCCAUCGAGUGCACCGAACAAACUGACCCCAUCGAGUGCAUCGACCUCUGCUGA